AAAACCCACAUGAUCCUUCUUUAUUACCCUCACUUUCAACCACAUAAUUUGUCUUCUGAAUUCUGCAACAGGGCAUGGCUUCUUGAUAUUCAGCCACGCCUCUCUCCAUCUCUCUUCUCUACUCUUUUGAAACCUUUCAGCUUGAUUUUAUUGCUCUGUUUCUCUCAUUUCGACAUUCCACGUAACUGUCGUAAACGGGAACCUCGGAUCCAGAUACAGAGUUUUGAAGAUGUUCAAGCCAUGGGUUUUGUUCCUUUUCCCAGUUCUGUUCCUCUCUUUCGCCUGCAUUUCCCUUUCUUCUUCCCCCAACAAAAUUUCAGACAUCGAAGUCACUGACAAGGAACGUGGUUUUCUGGUUUCAGACCAUUCCAAGAACUUGAAGGAGACUAGCCGCAAUGGAAAGCCUAACACGCUCGGGUCGGAGAACAAAGGCGAGUUCAAUGAGGAGGAUUACGGUCCGGUCGACCCUUCUCCGACAACAAAGGCAUCGAUCAGGCCGGGACCUAUACAACACGGGACUCCUCUCAACCCGUACAUCCCGAAGCCGCCGUCUUCUCCAACUCAUCCUAGAGAUGGUGGAUAGAGAUGCCUUGUGGCCCAAGUUAGGGUUUGCAUGCCUAUCUAUGUUGUAUGCUUUCACGUUCACGCUUCAGGGUUUUGUUCGUUCGUUUUUUUUUUGUCUCUGCGUUUGUAAGUUUGGUAAGAUCGAUGCACUGUUGUCUGUAGCUUGUAUUUUUGUAACCUUAGAUCGUUUUGUUGGUGGUUCAUCGCAU